AUGACCGAAGGCCACGCUGCCCCCGUUGUCGACGCACCGGCUGCUGCUGCGGGCGACAGCACCGGUGUUGCCCCCGUCGCCGUCGGUACUCGCCACCAUGCCGACAACCAUCAAGCCCAGCCCCAGCCGCAGGUUCUCAAGGAGCAGGACUCCGCAGAGAGACUCACGCCUCGGCCGACGUUCAUGGAGAAUCUCGCGAGUUCGCGAGAUGCCCAAUUCCAUCUCGGCCGGCGCGAUUCGAGUGAGCUGGAGCGCUACUUUCACGGUCCCCGUGAUAUGGACAAGCACUCGAAAUGGCCCAUCUUCAUGCGUAUGCAUGGCAGCAUUACCCCGAAGAUGAUCCUGCCCCUGGCCCUCGUGGGCGGUUGGGCCACUGCCAUUACUUGCAUUUGCGAGUUUGGUCAUAAUAUUAGUGUCAACAACAUCCUGCUCACUGUGCUGGGUUUCGUGGUGGGUUUGGCAUUGUCGUUCCGCAGUUCGACUGCGUAUGAAAGAUGGGCAGAUGGUCGCAAGUACUGGGCUCAACUCAUCCAGACCUCUCGCAACCUUGCCCGCACAAUCUGGGUCAAUACCGGUGAGCGUGAAGGUGAAGAUGGCAAGGUGGAUCUUCUCCGUAAGGUUACUGCCAUGAACCUCAUCCUCGCAUAUGCCGUCGCUCUCAAGCACAAGCUCCGCUUCGAGCCGGAUGUCGCUUACGAGGACAUUGCUGGUCUCGUCGGCCACCUUGACACCUUUGCUCGCGAAGCACACGACCGUGAGGUCCUCAACCCUCGCCCCAAGUCUCUCUGGAAAUCGGCUGGAGAGUAUCUGGGCGUUUCCUUCGCCGAGUCCAACCCCCGCAAGCUGAUCAAGCGGUCCAAGAAGCCCCUGGGUCACCUUCCCCUUGAGAUUCUGAACCACUUGUCCGCAUACAUUGAUUCGAUCGUGGCCAACGGCACUCUGACCUCCGGCCUACACCAAAGUCAAGCCAUCGCCAUGUUGGCCACCCUGAACGAAGUCCUGACCGGAACGGAGCGGGUGCUGGACACUCCCCUGCCCGCCGCAUACAGCAUCGCCAUCUCCCAAAUUGCCUGGAUCUACGUCCUAGUCCUCCCCUUUCAACUCUGGAAGUCCCUGGAAUGGGUCACCAUCCCCGCCUCCAUGGUCGCCGCCUACAUUAUCAUCGGACUUGCCACCAUCGGCAGCGAAAUCGAGAACCCCUUCGGCCACGACGUCAACGAUCUCCCCCUCGACACCUACUGUCGUCAAAUCGCCGUGGAGAUGGACAUCAUCACCGCCACGCCUCCCCCCAACGUUGACGACUUCAUGGGUCGCCCGGAGAACCUGGUUCUCUUCCCUCUGAGCCAGAACAGCUAUGGCGAGUGGAAGGCCCGCAGCAAGGAGGAUAUCCGCGCCGCGCUUCGUGCCAAGGUGACCGCCAAUCAGAGCUUCAAUCCCUCCCUGGACGGAUGCGAUGAUUCCACCACGGUGACGAGUAUCACCGCCGAGACUAAGCAGUCUGUUUAA